CCAGGAUCCACCAAUCAGAGGUCAGACCCGGCUGUAAAUAAAAGGCAGGUUGAAGUAAAAACAUCAGCAGCAGCAGCAGCAGCACCGUCGUCUGAGAGGAGGAAUAGAAGCAGACAACUUACACCAUGGUGGUGACGAGAGUCAGCGAUAUGAGAGAAGCUACCAAGACCAACAGCAGCAGCAGCAGUCACAGCCAGCAGCAGGAAGGCCCCGCAGGACUCUGGGACUCUGUGAAGAAAGCUGCCUUCAUCAUCGGAUCAGGAAUCUUAUUCUUGGCUGCAUUUGGCAACUCGCUGACAUGGCAUCUCCAGAGGUUCUGGGGGGCUUCUGGACAUUUCUGGCAGGAUCUAUGGACCAGGCUGUACUUGGCAUUUGAGGGUCGUGAUGCUGCUCUGUUUUUCAUAGGGACCAUGUUAAUCCCCAGCCUGGUUUUCUGGAUCCCUAAUACUCUGCUAUUAAUCAUCGAUUCCACUAGUAAACCAUCCUUCAUCACUCGCUACCGCAUCCAGGUGGACAAGAACAACCCGGUGGAUCCGGUGAAGCUCCGUCACGCAGUGAAGUGUGUCAUCUUCAACCAGAUCUUCAUCUCUGCACCCAUGGUGGUGAUGAUUUACUUCUUCAUGAGCUGGAGAGGAAACCCCUGUGGUCCCGAGCUGCCCACCUUCCACUGGGCUUUGGCAGAGAUGGCCUUCUUCUCCAUGGUGGAGGAGGUUCUCUUUUACUACUCACACAGACUUUUCCAUCACCCCAGUCUCUACAAACAUUACCACAAACAGCACCAUGAGUGGACAGCUCCCGUCGGAGUCGUCUGCAUAUAUGCUCACCCCUUGGAGCACGUGCUUUCCAACAUGAUGCCAGCAGUGGCUGGUCCCAUGAUCCUGGGCUCCCAUGUGACCACCACCUCCCUCUGGUACUCCCUGGCUCUGAUCAGCACCACCAUCUCCCACUGUGGAUACCACCUCCCCUUCCUGCCUUCUCCAGAGUUCCAUGACUUCCACCACCUCAAGUUUAAUAAUUGUUUCGGGGUGAUGGGCGUCCUGGACCGGCUCCACGGCACAGACAGUAAAUUCAGGGAGACCAAACAGUACGAACGUCACGUUAUGCUCAUCAACUUCACCCCACUGAAUGAGAGCAUCCCUGACUCACCCAAGAAAGGCCAGUGAAGACAAGUUCCCUCUGAUCUGUGGAGACAGAACUCAAAGAAGUGGCAUUUAGAAUGGGAACCAGAAACACUGGACUGUAGACCUGAUUUUAGUCUAAGCUCCUCAGACUGUCCAUGGUUUUAUUGUUAAUUCACCAAGUAAUAAUAUUUUUAAACUAAAACUGCAGGAACAAAUUUCAUGUAUAAGUUUAGCCUCAGUGUUUAGUGUUGAGAUGAUUAUUUUAAAUAGAAAAUAUAUUUUUAUAAAUUAAACACAUUACAGACAAAACCAUUUAAUACUCUUCCACAAGGUGGUAGCAGAUGACCAUAAAAACUAAAAAAAAGGACUCACCUGCUGUAUAUCAGCAAUGUGUUCAACUAAACCAGCCCAUGUUUCACGAGCAAGUACAUUUUGAGUAAGGUGAAGCCAGAAGGUUUCAACAUACCAUAUAUCACAUUUCAUCACAUACUUUUGGUGAUUUUUCUGUGUGGUGGUGCACUGUGGGAUUUUUCAAAUAUAAAUUGUGCCAUUUGGCAAGGAUCUUAAAUGACCUUAAAUGUCAUCAAUGACAACUUAAUAUAUUGACUUUUGAAUAUAUAUGAUUUUUUUAUAAAUUGAAAAGGGUUGGUACUGAAAAUAUAGUUGUAUUAAUUAUAUUCUAGUUGAGAGUACAUUUCUUUUAACAGUUAAAUUGUUAAAUGUCCAACAAUGAAGAUCCAUGCUGUGUUGAUUUUUAAAACAGAUUUUGUAUUUUUUUUAUGCUAUAGAGACUUGUUUAUGUCAUAGACUGUGGACAGGAUUCGGACAAAGACUUACGAUCCACAAAUAAAGCAGGUAAAAGUAAGUAACCAUCUUGCCGUAAAGCGAGAACACAAUCCACUUUACCACCUAUUUUCUUUUAAACAGGAUUUUAAAGAGUUAUUGUCUUAUUAAUCAUUUUGAGACUAAAACUCAUGGAAAGUACUUUCUUUACGCUGUCCAUAGUAUCGCUCUGUAAUUGUAAUGUACAAUGUCCAGUCCUAACAUACAGGCUUUGGUUCAUAGCUUGUCCUCCAAGUUGACUUGCUGCUACAAAGAGAUAGUUCUGCACUUUUUACUUCCAUGGCACUUCAGCACAGAUUUGAACUGAAAUGUGAAUGUUUUCCAGGGAAACUUGAAGUGAACAGAAUGUUGCCUUUAAAAAUCUGUGACUUUUAAAUAAUUAUAUCUGUGAAAGAUUUGAAAAAAAAAAUAAAGAAAAAUUAAACAAAA